AUGGCUGAGACGAACCCGGAGUUGCAGGCCAAGCUGCAGGAGCUGGACCACGAACUCGAGGAGGGCGACAUCACACAGAAGGGUUAUGAAAAGCGAAAGACAGUCCUACUGUCGCAGUACCUGGGACCCGAGUUCUCAGCGCAAUUGCAGAACGACCUGCGCCAUCAAAGCCCAGUCCAGAGUGAUGGCUCGGGCUCUCGCAGCGCAUCGCUCGCAGCUCUCUCUGGACCGAAUCCACUUCAGCCGCCGCACAUCGAACUCCCACGACCGGACUCGUACCAUGACAGUUCAGCACCGGGCACCAUGGGCUCUUCAAUGGGGCACUACGCCAGUUCCUCGACGAGCACCACCGGCAACUCCCAGUACAUGGCAUACCCACCAAGCCAAGUAGGGCGUUUCCAAGAGAAACAGUUGGGCCUACGGACCAAUUCACUGCAGCGCAACACGUCCCAAUUGUCCCAAGGGAGUGAGACGUUCAUACCACGACCCCAGACCCCCGAAUAUAACUACUCGCGCGAGGGGACGAUGAUGGGCAACUAUGCCUUUAAUCCCGACACCCAGCAAGGUUUCGAGAACGGAUAUGGCUCACCGGGAGAGGCUAGCAGGAGGAGCACGAUGCUGGAUGUGAACCAGGGCUAUUUCUCCGACUUUACAGGACAGCAAAUGCAGGACCAGCGCGACUCGUACGGCGGACCGAACCGCUACUCCACAGGCGACGCCUUCUCUCCAACCGCUGCGAUACCACCGCCCAUGAUGAACCCGAGCGAUCUCCCCGUGGGUGCUGCAGACACAAUGCUACCACUAGAACCUCGAGACCUGCCAUUCGACGUAUACGACCCCCACAACCACAACAUCAAAAUGUCCAAGUUUGACAACAUCGGCGCUGUAUUACGGUACCGCGCUCGUACACAACCCAGGACCACUGCUUUCUGGGUGCUAGAUGCAAAGGGCAAGGAGACGGCUUCCAUCACUUGGGAGAAAGUGGCCAGUCGCGCCGAGAAGGUAGCCAAAGUCAUUAGAGACAAAAGCAACCUAUAUCGAGGUGAUCGCGUAGCGCUGGUAUACAGAGACACGGAGAUUAUCGAGUUUGUCGUAGCUUUGAUGGGAUGCUUCAUCGCAGGCGUUGUAGCGGUACCCAUCAAUAGCGUCGACGACUAUCAGAAACUCAUCCUCCUCUUGACCACAACUCAAGCACAUCUCGCACUGACCACGGACAACAAUCUCAAGGCCUUCCAUCGUGACAUCAGUCAGAAUCGUCUCAAGUGGCCGAGUGGAGUUGAGUGGUGGAAGACCAACGAGUUUGGAAGUUACCACCCCAAGAAGCAUGACGAUACGCCGGCCUUGCAAGUACCUGAAGUAGCAUACAUCGAGUUCUCGCGCGCGCCAACCGGCGACUUGCGCGGUGUAGUACUGAGUCACCGCACUAUCAUGCACCAGAUGGCUUGUGUCAGUGCCAUGAUCAGCACAAUACCCGCCAACCACCAAAGUCAGGAUACUUUCAACGGCAAUCUGCGAGAUUCAUCCGGUAAAUUUGUGGCGCCAGUACAGAGCAGAACGCCGACCGAAGUCAUUCUUUCCUACCUCGACCCACGCGAAAGCGCGGGUCUCAUCCUCAGUGUCCUAUUUGCUGUCUAUGGUGGCCACACUACCGUCUGGCUGGAAACACCGACAAUGGAGACCCCAGGCUUAUACGCACAUCUCAUCACCAAAUACAAAUCAAACAUAUUGAUCGCUGACUACCCGGGUCUCAAGCGCGCAGCGUACAACUAUCAGCAGGACCCCAUGGCUACACGAAAUUUCAAGAAGAACACCGAACCCAACUUUGGCUCGGUAAAGAUCUGCUUAAUUGACACACUCACAGUCGACUGCGAAUUUCACGAGAUUCUCGGAGACCGUUACUUUAGACCUCUGAGGAAUCCCAGAGCACGAGAGCUAAUUGCGCCUAUGUUGUGCUUGCCUGAACACGGUGGUAUGAUAAUCUCAGUCCGCGACUGGUUGGGUGGUGAAGAGCGUAUGGGAUGUCCGUUGAGCAUAGCACCAGAGGAAUCUGAUGGCGAAGAUGAGGCCGAGGACAAGGGCGCGGCAGCCAAUGGUUACUCCAGUCUUAUCGGAGGAGGCACCACAAACAGCACCAAGGAGAAGAAAAAGAAGAGUCCAACCGAAUUGACCGAGAUCUUGCUGGAUAAGGAGGCACUGAAGUUGAACGAAGUCGUCGUGCUGGCCAUAGGAGAAGAAGUAAGCAAGCGUGUCAACGAGCCCGGCACUAUGAGAGUUGGGGCUUUUGGCUAUCCGAUACCAGACGCGACACUGGCCAUUGUAGAUCCAGAGACCAAUCUCCUGUGCUCACCCUACUCAAUAGGAGAGAUCUGGGUAGACUCGCCAUCGUUGUCUGGAGGUUUUUGGCAGCUGCAGAAGCACACCGAGACCAUUUUCCACGCUCGGCCGUAUCGCUUCGUAGAGGGUAGCCCAACACCGCAACUGCUUGAGCUUGAGUUCCUACGCACUGGGUUGCUUGGAUGCGUGGUAGAAGGCAAAAUCUUCGUAUUGGGCCUGUAUGAGGACCGUAUCAGGCAGCGCGUUGAAUGGGUAGAACAUGGUCAGCUGGAAGCUGAACAUAGGUAUUUCUUCGUACAGCAUCUCGUCACCAGCAUUAUGAAGGCUGUCCCAAAGAUAUACGACUGCUCGUCCUUCGACUCUUACGUCAAUGGCGAAUACUUACCGAUCAUCCUUAUCGAGACACAAGCCGCAUCAACCGCUCCCACGAAUCCAGGCGGGCCACCACAACAACUUGACAUUCCCUUCUUGGACUCUUUGUCCGAGCGAUGUAUGGAGGUGCUGUAUCAAGAACAUCACCUUCGGGUGUAUUGUGUGAUGAUCACUGCACCGAACACGCUUCCGCGAGUUAUCAAGAACGGUCGACGAGAAAUUGGAAAUAUGCUUUGCCGACGAGAAUUUGACAAUGGCUCACUACCCUGCGUUCACGUCAAGUUUGGCGUCGAGAGGUCGGUCCAGAAUAUUGCACUAGGCGACGACCCUGCUGGCGGCAUGUGGUCUUACGAAGCAUCGAUGGCACGCCAGCAGUUCCUGAUGCUACAAGACAAGCAAUACUCCGGAGUGGACCACAGAGAAGUCGUCAUCGACGAUAGGACGUCGACACCGCUCAACCAAUUCUCGAACAUCCAUGACCUUAUGCAAUGGCGCGUACAACGACAGGCUGAAGAGCUCGCCUACUGCACUGUCGAUGGUCGAGGUAAAGAAGGCAAAGGCGUCAACUGGAAGAAAUUCGACCAAAAGGUCGCAGGUGUCGCAAUGUACCUGAAAAACAAGGUCAAGGUCCAGACCGGUGACCACCUGCUCUUGAUGUACACCCACUCGGAAGACUUUGUCUAUGCCGUACACGCGUGUUUCGUCCUUGGAGCCGUGUGUAUACCAAUGGCACCAAUCGACCAGAACAGGCUAAAUGAGGAUGCGCCUGCACUGCUACAUAUCAUUGCCGACUUCAAGGUCAAGGCUAUCCUCGUCAAUGCCGACGUAGACCACCUAAUGAAGUUCAAGCAAGUAUCGCAGCAUAUCAAACAGUCAGCAGUUAUACUCAAGAUCAGCGUACCGAAUACAUACAACACCACAAAGCCACCUAAGCAGUCCAGUGGUUGCCGCGAUCUUAAACUCACAAUACGACCCGCUUGGAUACAAUCUGGUUUCCCUGUUCUGGUAUGGACAUACUGGACACCUGACCAAAGACGCAUAGCCGUGCAGUUGGGCCACAGCCAAAUCAUGGCGCUGUGCAAGGUUCAAAAAGAGACGUGCCAGAUGACGAGCACACGACCUGUCCUUGGAUGUGUUCGUAGUACCAUCGGUCUCGGCUUCAUACAUACUUGCGUUAUGGGUAUCUUCCUCGCAGCGCCAACUUACCUCGUGUCACCUGUCGACUUUGCGCAAAACCCCAACAUCCUCUUCCAGACGUUAUCGAGAUACAAGGUCAAGGAUGCGUAUGCGACGAGUCAAAUGCUGGAUCACGCUAUUGCACGAGGUGCUGGCAAGAACAUGGCUUUGCAUGAGCUCAAGAAUCUCAUGAUAGCGACUGAUGGCCGGCCACGUGUAGACGUUUACCAACGAGUGCGAGUACACUUUUCACCAGCAAGUCUGGACCGAACAGCGAUCAACACCGUCUACUCACACGUAUUGAACCCCAUGGUCGCAUCGCGAUCAUACAUGUGCAUCGAACCAAUAGAACUACAUCUCGACGUCGGCGCCCUUCGAAGAGGUCUCAUCAUGCCUGUCGACCCAGACACCGAACCCGGUGCUCUGCUAGUCCAAGACUCGGGUAUGGUACCAGUUAGUACACAGAUAUCGAUUGUGAACCCAGAGACCAAUCAACUUUGCCUGGUCGGCGAAUAUGGCGAGAUUUGGGUGCAGUCCGAAGCGAAUGCGCAUAGCUUUUACGGCUCCAAGGAACGGUUGGAUGCAGAACGCUUCAAUGGCAGGACUGUUGACGGAGACCCGAACGUACGAUAUGUUCGUACUGGAGAUCUAGGAUUCUUACACAACGUUACGCGACCGAUUGGUCCUAACGGCGCGCCAGUCGACAUGCAAGUUCUGUUUGUUCUAGGUAGCAUUGGGGAUACUUUUGAAGUCAACGGUCUCAAUCACUUCUCAAUGGACAUUGAGCAGUCUGUAGAACGCUGCCACCGGAAUAUUGUUCCCGGAGGAUGCGCCGUUUUCCAAGCAGGUGGUCUUGUCGUCAUUGUUGUGGAGAUCUUCCGUCGCAACUUCCUCGCAAGUAUGGUCCCAGUCAUCGUGAAUGCCAUCUUGAACGAACACCAACUCGUUAUCGACAUUGUGUCUUUCGUGCAGAAAGGCGACUUCCACAGAUCUCGUCUUGGCGAAAAGCAAAGAGGAAAGAUUCUAGCGGGCUGGGUGACAAGGAAGAUGCGCUCAAUCGCGCAAUACAGUAUCCGCGAUCCAAACGGCUCGGACGCGCAAAUGAUCAGUGAAGAGCCCGGUGCAGGGCGCGCAAGCAUGAGUGGAAGUAUGUUGGGUAUGGGCAGGAUGGGACCAGCAAGUCUAAAAGCAAGUUCAACUCGAGCACCAAGCUUGCUCGGUAUGACCACAUCGAUGAACAACCUGUCGUUAUUGCAACAGCAACAACAACAACAGCAGCAGCAGCAGCAGCAGCAACCACAACAAGGCCAACAGUACUACCAAAGCAUCCCCGAAAACCCACCACCCAGCCAAAACCAGGGCGUUGAACUUCACGACCCCAGCGACCGCACACCAACAGAUAACCGCAUGUCCUUCCUUCCCAACCUUCAAAUCCAACAUGACGGACCAUUAGAUUAUUCGCCCGUUGAUCGACUCGGACCUUUCAACGACGAUACGCACCAGCACCAACCUAGCAACUACCAAAACGCAUACCAUCCCCAACAACAACAACAACAACAACAGUACCAAUCCAGCGGUAGCGGGCUAAGCGGACAUGUCCCCGAUGUACUCCGACCGGGACCCGCCGAUGAGGGGAACAACUCCGGGACGUGGAAUGGAAGAGAGUUUUAUAGUGAUAGCACGCCUUACCAUUCUUACGAUAACACAUCGCCGGAUCAGAAUAUACAACAGCAGCAGCAGCAAAAUCAACAAACAUGGACGAUGGACUCUCAACAACAUAGCCAAGGAUACGACCCUGGGUAUAGUGAAGAAGUUACGAGAUAUGUUAGUCAGGGUUCAUAUCACAGUAGAGCCGGUGCAGGCGGUGGCGGUGGGCUAAGAGUAGCGAAUCGCGAUUCUACGGCGAGUGAGAGUGAGGAUGAUAGUUGGAGGAGGGACGUUCUUGCUCAGAUGAACUUUGCUGGGCCUGGUGGUGCGGGUGGAGGGAGUCAUGUGCAAUAG